AGAGUUGAAGGACAGAAUGAUGGGGAGAUUAAUCACGGUGACUCAGUCAACAAAAUGGCAAUAGACCCAACUUUAUUUCAAUUUGUGUGACCUUCGCAGAUUCUCACCUUUGUCCUUCCAAAUCUCCCACCAAAGGGGUCUUUUUAGUUUCAUUGGAGUAGUAAACUACCGCAGAACAACUUGAGUUGCUCUGAAUGUCCUUGCCUUGUUCGUCUCUAGGCCAAAAGACUUCACUGUAUGUUUCCUUAUUCUUCAACGCACAUUUAUAAAUAAACAGAUUCAAAUUCAUCUAUUGUGCACUUCUGCUAGAUUGCCGCUACCAUGUACUACCCUAAUUACGAUCCCAGAUACUCUGAUUCCGCCUCAUACCGUCAACGCAGAAGUGAUCUAGUGGGACCACCACAUAGUAAUGUUCCUCCUCAUGUAGCCGGUGGAGCUGCAUUGAGUUAUGGCCGUGCUGCCCCAACUCCUUAUGGAGGUCCUUUGGUGGUUCCAGCUCGUUCUGCAGCUGGUGGUAGGGUUGUGGGGGAUGUAGCUGGAUCUAUACCUGCUGCUGGCGGUCAUCCCUGGCACCCUUAUUCCCAUACUGGUAUUAGCAGACCGGUCAGUGACGGGACCAGAGAUGGAGAAGGUGCUGGUUUGGGAUUUUCUCUGAAUAGUAGAGGGGGUCGAGCUGGUGGGAGAGGUUUUGUUGGAGGACGUGGUGGGCACGGAGGUGGGAGAUCUGGAUAUGUUGGAGGACGCAGUGGCGGUGGUGGGCGCGGAGGUGGGAGAUCUGGAUAUGGUGGAGGACGCAGUGGUAGCGGUGGGAUAGGAGGCAGGCAUGGGCCACAUGGCCGGCAGCGAGAUGAUUUGGAUAAGCUUUCUCUCCCUAAACAAGAUUUUAGAAACUUGGUGCCCUUUGAAAAGAACUUCUACAGAGAGAGCCCCUCGGUGAUGGCAAUGACUGAGCAGGAGGUUGCCAUGUAUCGGGCAAGGCUUGAGAUUACCGUUCAAGGCCAUGACAUUCCAAGGCCGAUUCGAAUGUUCCAUGAGGCAAACUUUCCUGCAUAUUGUCUUGAAGUUAUUUCAAGAUUGGGCUUUGUUGAGCCAACUCCCAUACAAUCACAAGGCUGGCCAAUGGCCUUAAAGGGCAGAGAUCUGAUAGGAAUUGCAGAAACAGGUUCUGGGAAAACCUUGGCAUAUUUACUGCCUGCUUUUGUUCACAUUAGCGCACAGCCACAGUUGGUGCAAGGUGAUGGUCCCAUUGUGCUAGUGUUAGCACCUACAAGAGAAUUAGCUGUUCAAAUUCAAGAAGAAGCUGUUAAAUUUGGGUCACAUGAAAAUAUAAGAAGCACAUGUAUUUAUGGAGGGGCCCCAAAGGGACCCCAAGUACGUGAUCUUAAAAGAGGAGUUGAAAUUGUGAUUGCCACUCCUGGUCGGCUGAUAGAUAUGCUAGACGCUCGGCAUACAAACUUGAAAAGGGUGACUUAUCUUGUUUUGGAUGAGGCUGAUCGAAUGUUGGAUAUGGGGUUUGAGCCUCAAAUUAGGAAAAUUGUUGACCAGAUUCGACCUGACAGACAAACAUUGUAUUGGAGUGCAACAUGGCCAAAGGAGGUUGAACGUUUAGCAAAGCAGUUUCUACAUAAUCCAUUAAAGGUGGUCAUUGGGUCCCCAGUUUUGAAAGCUAAUCAAUCUAUAAGGCAAAUUGUUGAAGUUGUUACAGAUUUGGAGAAGUACAACAGGUUGAGUGGACUUCUGAAAGAAGUAAUGGAUGGAAGCAGAAUCUUGAUAUUUGUGGGGACAAAGAAAGGAUGUGAUCAGAUCACAAGGCAACUAAGAAUGGAUGGAUGGCCUGCUCUAUCCAUCCAUGGUGAUAAAAACCAGGAUGAAAGGGACUGGGUUCUGGCCGAAUUCAAAAGUGGCAGAAGUCCUAUUAUGAUUGCCACUGAUGUUGCUGCGCGUGGUCUUGACGUGAAGGACAUAAAAUUUGUUAUCAAUUACGAUUUCCCUACAAGCCUUGAGGAUUAUGUUCAUAGGAUAGGAAGAACUGGUCGUGCUGGUGCCAAAGGAACUGCAUUUACAUUUUUUACCCAUGGGAAUGCAAAGUUCACCAAAGAGCUUGUUAACAUUCUUCAACAAGCAGAGCAAAUUGUUCCUCCUCAGUUAGCUGCAUUGGCACAUUCAGGUGGUCACAGCUUUGGAGCAUCAGGAAGAGGGCGAGGUGGCUUUGGAAACCGAUCAGGAUCUAAUACGAUUCCACUUGGUGCAAAAAAGCGUUGGUAGUUUUAUACUGGGCCAGGUAGGCCCUAGACAUGUUAUGUUCAAUUUAGGGAUAAUUUGUGUACUAUAGACUAUAGUUAGUGGGUUACCUUUUCUUGAUGGGUUACCUGACAUUAAUUAACGUACUCAAAGCUGUAUUAUGUAUUUUACUAUUCUUUCAAGUUUAUCUACAAUUACAAUUUUUAGUCUUUCGAAAGCAUUCAGAUUCCUCGUCUUGGUAUGAACCAUGAACAGCCUUUUUGUUCAUGUUUUAUACUAGUAUUUUAAAAGACCAAUCCUCAUUAUUGUUUGCU